CUCUAUAACCAAAGACGUUAAUUUGCAGAGGUCUGAUCUGCGUCGUGUUAUCUUUUAUUUCUCCCACAGUUUUGCCAUUGCAGUUUAAUUAAAACUUAGCAACAAUGAGUGACGAUGAGAAAGAUUUCGCCAAGCGGGUAUGUAGUGUCUGUGCUGUCUUGCUUUCAACGCGUCCUCACAUAUUUCUUCUAGAAACGGCCUCCAUGUUGUAUGCUUGCAAGCAGGGAAUGAGAGAGACUUCAUUCAUUCUUUAUUUGACGAUUAAUGCAUACAUGUAACGAUGAGAUGUUGAAUUUAUUUUAUGGAUGCAAGUAACAUAGUUUUGUGUCGAAAUCCAAUAUACAAGUUAGAUAGCUUCAGUCUUAGCACACAGACAACGUGCUCUCCUAUAAUAAAGAUCUUCACCUUUAUUUGCCUAGUUUGUGCUUUUUAUUAGGAAGCAGUAAUGCAAUGUUUUACAGAUGUUUUUAAGUGUUAUGUUUGCCUUGCACGUUUAAUUUAACCGAUAGAAUUUAAACAAGUAAUAAUAUCUGCUAAUACAUAAGGUAAGGUCAUCCUGAGCCUUAAUGCUAAUUAUGUAUGCAAAUAUGCAAAUUAGGUAAACAAAUUAGGUGCACUUUUAGUUAACAGUGAGCAUAAUAUUUAUUAGGCAUAUCAGGAUAAUCAUUUCUCAUUCGAUUUUUAAAAUUGUAAAUAUGUAAGGCCUAUAUUUUUAGAAUGUAUUUCUGUUGUAAUUUUAUUAUCAUGGCAUUGAACUAUUGCUCAGGCAUGCAUGCAGAAGGCUCAGGAUGCAUGUAAAAUUUCUUUAAAGCUUGCAUUACAUUUGAUGAUUCAUCAAUAAUGUUGUUCCCACACUAAUCAAAUAAUAGGAUUCUUGGUUGUGAUGUCCAGUGUUUACACAUUCUUCACCCUUUUCUUUUUUUCGUUAAGGUUAAGGUUGGAAGAAGAGAAAUCUGGACGAAGUCAAAUGUCAAGUUAUUAAUGAGAAUAAUUUGAAGCUGUAUUUUCAGUGCAUGCUAAUAUUGCGAAGCAAAAGAAGUUCCCAUAUAGCAGUUAUGGGCUAGAGAAGUUUGGGGAAGAGGAAUGAAGUCAGAAAUGAAAUUGAAACUGAAGAAAGAAGAAAAGAUGUGUUAUGAAGUUAAGAUCAGAAGUUAUCUGGAAUAAGAUCACAGCGCUAAGUAACUAUUAGUAUGUUUGUCCCAUGCGUGCAUGCACAAAUCUUCUGUUGUUCAUUUGUAUUGCAAUAGUUACUUUUGUCCUGUAGCAUGAGACCCAGUGAUUUAUACCUAGCUAUUUGAUGAUUUAAUAUGAUGCAUUUUUAAUUGUAAGUCCUUCAAAGUAGGCCUAAUUGCUUUUGCACUUGAAAAAGGCUAUCAUCACUGGAUAAUCCUUUAUUAUCCUAGUUGUAGUUUGGUUUCAAAAUGAUAUACAAUUAUUAUAUAACACAUAGCCAACACAACACUGUUCCUUGUCUCUAACUUGAUUCGGAUGUGGUUGGUUUAGGAGUCCCGUUCGGCCUCUAGGAGUGCAAGUCCUAGAGGAUCUGGUAAGUCAGCCAGUCGUUCCCCGGAUCGUUCACCUGCUCCGUCAAAAGAGGGUUCCCACCAUACUCGCUCCAAGUCCCGUUCUCGCUCCAGGUCCAAGACGAGAGAGCCUACUCUGCUCUGAUUGGUCAGAUGUCCCAGUCUGUUGUGAUUGGUCUACUGCUUACAGCGCGUGUCUGAAAGGAAACGGCCACUACCAUAUCCGAGUUUCAGCUCCAUCUGAAAAAUGUCUGUUUUACCUUACCAAUUUGAGCCCGAGUCCGAUACUGAUACAUCGGAAGAUCAACCCGAACCACCAUCGCAAGCACGACAAGAACAGGAUGUUUCUCAGUGGUAAGUGUAUAUGUAGUUUGACAAUAACGUGAGUUAGCCGGUUAGCAGAGGCUAACAGCUUGACUGGCUGUACAUGUAAACAGACCAGAGGCGGGUGUUUUGUUACCAAAUUACGUAGGUUAGUACAGGAAGUAAGUCUGGAAUUACUAACGACUCGUUUCAGGUGUUCAGAAUCGAAUAAAGAAUUAAAGAAUUUUUUACAUUAACAAACAGCUAUAUAACACACUACAUGAAAGGUAAUAUUUGAAAAACCAAAAUAGGUGCUCUUUAAAGUGAGUCUGUGGUAAACAUUACUUGUCGAUACAUGGUGUUUUGUUCUACAACAUAAAUUACACACUUUCAUACCUCAAACGUGAAUUUUGAAGCCGCCUUGUGUGUUUUUUUUUUGUUUUUUUUUAAAGUAUGUAAUUCAGUUGGCUUCGAAAUUCACAUUUGAGGGAUGAAAGUGUGUAAUUUAUGUUGUAGAACAAAACAGGUUUCAAAAUUAUAUACAAAAAUCUCUUAAGGGUUUUUGGACUACAAGCUGAACAGCUCCAUAAUGGACUGGUGUGCAACAGUCUCAUUUAAAUGGUCCAUCAUAUCGAGACAGAUGCACAAGAGGUCAUGAUGUUAAAGUGCUUGAGUGUUUAGUUUUCUCUCUCUCUUUUCAACAGCUUCCUGUAACUGUUAACUGUCUUGUUUAAUGAUAAAAAUGUAAAUAUCAAUAAAACUUAUAUCUGCAAAUUUGCAGAUAUGUCGUUUAAAUAGUUCUAUUUCCCAAACCUCACAAAACUUGCUCAAAUCUGUUUUCUUUCUGUGGAGCACUUGUGUAUCUUUCUCUUAAGCAUGUUUUAUAAUAGCCUAGAUAAAAAUUGUGACGCUGACUCAUGAGUGUUGCAUUACUGUCAGUCACUGACACUUAAACCAGGCUGGAUCCGCACAAGAGUGAUAGAGCAAUUUGCACUACUGUGUGCACUGUUGUUAGCCUAUUUCCUCCUUUCUAAUAUAUGGCAAUUUCUUUGUGCAAACAACUCCUAAAAUGGGAAUACUAAACAGAAACCAGGAGAAGCUCUUUUUUUUUUUUUUUAAAGAUUUUUUAUUACUAUUAUUGUUUUUUUGUGAAAGUUGGAGUAAAUGUAUUGCUGAAUAUAAGUGAAAAACAUUUUUUAGACAAUUUAUUUGUCAUUUUUUAUUAUAUUAAGUUGUGAUAUAUCAGCAUUAAAUUGGCCUAUCGGUUACUCUGCUCAUUGGCCAUUUAAAAAAAAAAAAAAAAAAACAACGGUCGAACUCUAGUAUUGUUGUCUAUCAGCAGGAGUAAAAUAGCCCUAAUCCUUCAAUGUGAAUAAGAUGAAGAAUUUAUUGGUUCAUUCACAAACCAGCGCAUUUGUUAAUAGCUUUGUUUGCUAAAGUUUCUUGAGAUAGGAAAGCAGUUGUGUUGCUUUUGAUUAUAUGAAGUCCAAAAUUGCAUUUAAUUCGAAAAGGUUUAAAUGGAUGCCCUCUGGCUCCUUUACAACUGGAAUUCACAGUACAUUGACUGGGCCGAAUGAAAGUCACACCUGUUGCUUUAUGGUUGAAAGUAGAAACAAUGUUUAGGGCUAAAUUAAAAAAACAAAAACAAAUGUCCCCCACCCAGGACUGCAAUUUUAAGCACUCUGCAGUUGAUCAUUUGGCAUAUGUUGGUAGCAACUCUAUACAUCAUGACAUUGAAGCUUGAGAUUCUUGUCUGUCUAAUGUGGCAUGAAGAGUUCAAGACAGGUUUUAGCAGUACGCCAAAAUGGAAUCUGUAGACUGAUAUUUUCUGUGCCGAUUUUCUGGGAAACUCUGUGGAAUGUUUUUAAAGGUAAAUGGUAAAAUGUUUUAAACUGAUUGAGAGUACUACAUCCUUAUGGGUAACCAAAAAGCAUUAUCAAAUUUACCAAAAUAUUUAAUAAAUGGUGUCUAUAUCUUACUGAAUUAUGGGUGUUCCAAUUCUGUGGGCAUACGUUCCGUGUGUGCCUGCUUUUCAGUUGGUAGUAGGGAUGCACCGAUGUAUCAGUCACUGAUAUCUAUCGGCCAAUUCCGUUUAUAAGCAUGAAAACGCCAAUAUGAAAAACCGAUGGUUUAUUUAUAAUUAAUACACUUUGUAACAACUCUGAAUUCAAAUGCACAAUACAGAAAUAAUUAUAUCCACUUAAUGUAGAAGGGUUGGCACUCCUAAGAACAUGUAAUGUUUAAUCCUUAAUCAUUCACGUACUCACAUUAAUGAGGAAAAUCUGUCGUUACAGACGUGAUAGUUCUAAAAGCAGUACUUGCCUAUACAUGAAGUAAAACCAUCCAAACAAUUUGAAACAAGCAAACUUUGACUUCGACAUUGGUAUGAUAUCCAUUAGAGCUGCAUGAUUGAGUUAAGAUUGAAAUCGCAGUAUGGUAUUGCACGAUUACUAAACCUUGAAAGCUUAAAAAUAGAUUGCAUUGAGCAAUUCAUUCAGCAAUGUGUAACAAGCGGCGCCCUCUAGCGACGUGUUUGGCAUUAUCUGUUAUACCACAAUAGAACUUUACAAGGGCGUUUAUUUUUAUUUUUCCAUGAUGUGGUUGAUAUUUCUGUGGAGUUGCCCAAUGUGUAUAAUAUGAAUUUGUGCUGUUCUGUAAUGUACAGUACAGACAUGUAAAAUGUGAGUUCUGAGUUCUGUUUUGAACUUCAAAAACUGAACUGCAAAAAUGUUUUAGAAGUACAAAAUAAUUUUUCACAUCAAUCAUUAUGCUUUUAUAUUUAGUUAAUUAAAAAAAAGUUUAUUUAUCUUUCAUUGUGGCUCUUUAAAUGUGUUUGGCCUGUCGUGUUCAACAGAUCCAAUCCAUGUUAAAUAGAAAUUAUUUAUUUUUAGAACAAUAAGUUUUUGUACAUCUUUGUUCAUUUUUAUAACAGAAUUUCUGAGCUAAACAGUGAUCUGAUGACAAAAUAAGGUAAGUGGCAAAAUAUCUGUAUCGUCCAGUAGUUUUUUGAUAAAAUCGGUAACGGCCAAAUAUUUUCAUAUCGGUGCAUCCCUAGUUCGCAGCUUGAUGGACUGUAUGUUUGUAUUAUUACUGUUGAACCUCCUCGUUCUUGUUUUUCACUUUGAUCCAUCUUUAAGCAGAUCUCGUUCCCAUCGGAGUUCCCGCAGACACUACAGUCGUUCCCGCUCGCGCUCCCAUUCCCGCCGGAGACGUUCACACAGUCGCUCCCACAGCAGUGAAUACCGUCGCCACCGCAGUCCCAGUCACUCUCCUAUGUCGAACCGCAGACGUCAUGUUGGUGACCGGGCAAACCCAGACCCAAACUGCUGCCUGGGAGUGUUUGGCCUGAGCCUUUACACCACAGAGAGGGACCUGAGAGAGGUUUUCUCCAAGUAUGGCCCUCUGAGUGAUGUCUCCAUUGUGUACGACCAGCAGUCUCGGCGUUCCAGGGGGUUUGCCUUUGUCUACUUUGAAAACAGAGAAGAUUCGAAGGAGGCUAAAGAGCGUGCAAAUGGUAUGGAGCUAGAUGGCCGCAGAAUCAGAGUGGACUACUCUAUUACAAAGAGACCACAUACUCCUACUCCUGGAAUUUAUAUGGGCCGACCAACAUAUGGUGGAGGCCCAAGUGUAAGCAGCAGACGCCGUGAUUACGGUGAACGUGGUUAUGACCGGGGGGGAUAUGAUCGCUAUGAAGACCGUGACUACUACAACAGGUCAUACAAAAGAAGGUCCCCCUCUCCCUACUAUGGCCGAGGUCCGUACAGGUCAAGAUCACGCUCUCGCUCCUACUCCCCACGUCACUACUGAAAAGUUUGAGUCCUCUCACCCUUCCUGGAUAUGAUGAUGAAAGUGACAACAUAGAUUUUUAGUUCUAGUGGCAUGAGUUUGAAUCUACUUCCAACUCUGUCCCUUCUUUUGUCUUGCGUAAAGGUUUCAUGUGUCCUUGAUCAGUCUGAAUAUUUCAGUAGUUGGCAAAAUAUUUUUGCUCUGUUUGUUUUGUUGUUGUGUUUUUUUUGUUUUUCAUUUUUGAUGUGAUGCUGAAGUUCUUGCGUUUAUUUUUUAUGAUAGCUUAUGGCUCGUUACACCUCAUUAUGUUUUUACGCAUUUUAAGCUUAGCAGUGGUCUUGCAAUAAACUGCUUUAUACCUCCAA